AUGCAAUCAGAGAUUGAUGAAAGUGAUUCUGAAAAUGUAACUUUUUUUGCUACUUUUGAGAAGUCUUGGUUUUUUUUCGGAAAAUAAUUCUGAUCUUUCUUCCAGGAUUGUAUGGACAUUGAGAGAUUGCAAGUAACAUCAGAAGGAGGCUCGUCAACAUCAGGCCCAGCUGAUAGUUUUCACGCUUUUUUAAGAACCGCGUGCUCUGCCAUUUUGGUGAGUUAUCAUUUAAAUUUUUGGGAGGGAGGGAAUAUGGAAAAUUUUGAAAAGAAUGAUUAAUUUUUCGGAACAGUCUAGAAAUUUAAUUGUUUGCAAAAUGAGAAAAAAUUGUAAAAUGUUUUCGGAGAAAAAUAGGAAUUUGUGUUUCUCUGGAAAUAUUAUUUUUUUUAAUGUUCGUAGUAGAUUUUCGGAUAACUAAUUUAUGACCUGAACUUUGUAAAAUGAAAACAAAUAAUAGCUUAAACUUUAUUUGAGUUAGGAAAAACUUAUUUUGGUUGAAGGUAAACUAUUUCAAGCUGAAACAAAUUUUUUUUUGAAUUUUUCAAAAAUGUUCUACAAUUUUUCCUUUUUGAAAUCCGAUCUUCUUUUUUUUAUAAAAAUUACUUUGUUCAUUUUUCCCACAUUAAAAUGAAAAUUCUGGAUUUCAAAUAAUUUCCUUCAAAAUUAUCCUCUUUUUCAUUCUUUUCUUUUUUUUUUUGUCUCGCAACAACCUAAUAAUUUUCCAAGUGUGAAAUUGUUCUGGAUCGGUCGGAAAAUAGAUAUUCGAAAAAGCGGACAUAAAUUUUCUUUCUACAUUCAUAUACACAUAAAACUAAUAAUCAUUAUUAUUAUUUAAUGGAUACAUUUUUCUAAUUGUAUAUAUUCUCCGUUUCAAUGUAUGUAUUUUGUGUUUUUUUUCUUGCAGGCAUUCAUCUUUUCGUUGAGACUUAUUUUAUUCAGUGGUGUCAAGAAAAAGAUUGGAGAUAGUCAAAUUGAAGGAGAAGGAGGAGGUAGAAAGAAAGACGAAGAAAAUAAUAAUAAUAACAACAUUGAAAUAAACUACGGACAACAACCAUCUACAAGUUCGUCGUCUUUUCAAUCAUACGAUUGCGAGGUAUGGUGAUUUUAUUCUUUCUUUUUCAAAAAUUUAGAAUUUCGAAACUAAUGACAUAGCUGGUUUUGCUUAACUGAAUUUUCUUUUGCUCAUGUUUGCUCAUGUUUCAAAAUAUCUACUUGAAAAAAAAACAAAAAAGAAGGUUCCACCGAGAUUUGAACUCGGGUCGCAGGAUUCAAAGUCCUGAGUGCUAACCGCUACACCAUGGAACCACAUUUUGAAAACUGUCAAUUUUUCAAUUUUAUGUUCUCGAUAUCUGCCGUUUGUUAUUUGCUCUACAAAUUUUGAUGCUGAACAUCAACAAACUGUCAAUAAUCCUUUUACGAUGAAAAAUACUAGAAUUGAUGUGUGGUUCCAUGGUGUAGCGGUUAGCACUCAGGACUUUGAAUCCUGCGACCCGAGUUCAAAUCUCGGUGGAACCUUCUUUUUAUUUUUGAAAAUUUGAAUUUUGUAAAAAAAAAUUAAAACAUAGAUUGAAUUUUAUUAAUUACAAAAAUAAAUAACAAAAUUUUCAAAAAAUGUUUCCGCACAAAAUUUGUAUAAGCAAAUUUGAAUAACCGUUUUCUAAAAAGGUCCACUGAAUUGAUUACAUUAUUUUUUCUAAUCAAAAUUCCUGGAACCACAAUGUCUGUGACUAUAUUUCGCAGGGAUUUCCAUAUUUUUCAUUGGUUCAAAAUUGUUAGUCAAUCAUUAUUUUUAACCCUAAAUCCUACACAGUUGAAACAAUUGAAUAUCCUAUGAUUUUCCGAAUAAUCCAAAAACCUGAUAAAUCUCUUUCUCUCUUCACAAAUUGUUUAUGUCUAAUUAUGCUAUUUAACACAACCAGGUAAAAUGACCUCCUCUUUUUUUUCUUUUUUUUCUAAUACUCAAUUGAGUAUCUACCAAUUGGGUAAAUAUGAACAAUAUGAGCGAACGUUUAAAGGGCACAAAAAUGAGUGUCAAGAGCGUUUGAUUCACUUUUUCAAUGUCAGUUUCUUUUUUUCCCCUACUGUUCCAUUUUUUCUUCAUAAAAAUAAUAAUAUAAGAAAUUCGUUAUCCUUGAAUUCAAAUUGAACUUUUUUAUAUGUUUUUUUUCAAGAUGGUGAGAUAAUCGUAUAAUUUGAAAUAGUAUCAAUUAAUCAAUUCCUUCCCAUUUCUCUCUAUUUUCGAGUUGAGUUGUCAAUCAAAAAUUAACCGAACGAAUUUUAUUUUCAAUGUCAUUCUGACACCUCCUUCAUCUCAUCAUUCAUAUGGUUUUUCUUUAUUUUUAUGGGAUUUUUAUACUAAUAUAAUAUUUUUUUAAUGAUUGAAAAAAGGAAAAAAAAAACAAAACAAAUAAGUAAAGGAUAAACAAUAGCGCAUCUCUUUUUCGCGUGCAGAAACUCUAUUUUUCGGUCACCGCAAGACACUGUUUUUGCGGUUAUUCAUUGUUUGCACAAUUAUUUUUCAAAAAUUAUUAUCAUUCUAAUCGUUAGGUCAAAUUUUUUUGAGGAUAAAUAAAAUCUGAAUUCAAAAAAUACAAAAAGUUUACUAGUUUAUUUGUAAUAUAAUAUUAUACUGUCUGUGCCGCCACAUUCCAAAGAAAAAGAUAGAUUCUCCCACAUAUUUCUCACAUAACACAAAUAUUUAUUUCUUCCAAAUUUGUAGAUUUUUCAAAAAUAAAUAUCGUAAAAUUUUGAUGGAUUCUACUAUAUGUUUGCAUUGGCCACAAAAAAAACGACAUAAUAUUUAUUGAUAACCAUUUUUUUUCUUGUACAUCCGUAUAGUUUUGUGUUUCUAUUGUUUUGAUCGAAAUUAGUCAUUCAAUUUUAUGUUGUUGAAUGAGAAAAAUGUUUCAUUUUAAUGAAAAAAAAACGAUACUUGUGAAUGAGUUGAAGUACAUAUGUAUUUAUUUAUUUUUUGCAGAGUCAAGAAGAAAUGGCGGAUAAAAAUAAAUCUUCACAAUCUCAGGGUAUGCCAUCUGUUUUAUCAUUGUUGCAGACUGAUGAAAUUCCAUCUUCUUGUUCCGAUGAUGAACCGUGAGUUAUUUUUGGUUUUUAUUGAUAAAAAUUCAAGUUGAAAAAUGAAAAAAUCAACCAACCUCAAAACAAUCAUUAGUCUUAUUUUUUUCGAAAACUCUCAUCGAUAUUUUUACCAAAACAUGCAACUUGUUCUAACUGAUUAUUAACUUCAUAAACACCAAAUCUUUCCAUGAAAAAUUAUAAAUUAGAGAAUUUUGAAAAAGUUUUUCUGACGUAGCUUAUUUUCAAAUUGGUGAAUUUAACGACAAGAAGAUUUUUGCUACAUCAAAUGACAAAAAAACCUGAAAUUUGAAAACUGAAAAAAAUCUAUAUCUCACAACCUGAAAAUGUUAAUACUUAAUUUUUUGUGUGAAAAUUAUCCAAAGUUGUUAAGUUUGCCUUUUCCUUUCAAUUUUUCUCAAGUAUUUCAAAAUUUUUCUAGAAUUUUUCAAUUUUCAAUUUCAAAAGAAUUCCUGUGUACAGUACAUGUGAAAAAUCAAACCAUAGUCGAGACAAUUCUGAACAAUAGAAAAAUUUUAGAUUUUUUCACAAGAAAAUUUACCAAAAAAUUGUUUACAAUGGCAAAAAGCCAAAAAGAAAACCUAAUUUACUUAAGAAAUAUACACCUGUACUCUCUUUUGCCACCAGUCUGGGAUAAUUAACCAAGAUGUAGAGAGAGGUUGUUCAAAAAAUGUAUAAUUAUACUGGAUCGGAUUAUUUUUCUCGUCUGUCUGCCUGAGAAAGCAGCAGCAUUCCGAAUAAACGUGGAUUAUCCUCUAUUUUUCACUCACAACGCUCAUUUUUUCAGUUGCAUAUGCAACAAAAAAUAUACAAUCUUCGUUUUUCCGUGAAAAUAAAUUUUUUUGAUUUCAGAACUACAUCGGGUCUUAUUCCAUUGCCAUCUUUGCUUCAAUCUAACAUGAGUAGCGCUCUUCCAAAUUUUCUUCAUACUAUUAACGAGGUAAGAUUUUCCAUUCAUUUAUUUUUUGUAACUGUCAUUUGUGAAAUAUUCUGAUGAUUGAAACCCAUUGUUCUUUAUAAGAAAUUCCUAUCAUUUUUAAAUUCUUUUCUUUCUUUGAAACCGGAUUGUUCCUUGAAUAUUCCAUAGAAAAUGUAUGUGGUAUACAUAUUUCUACAUCCGAUCAUAUCUUAUCCUCAAAAAAUUCAUCCAUCCAUAAAACUUACAUUCACCGAAAAAAAAAAGAAAAAAAGAUGAGGAGAAGAAGAAAAAACGAGGAUCGAGAUGACCUUGAGCGAUAUGAGAAGGCUAAUAAUAAUCCGAGUUUUGUGAAGGUAGUUUAGUUGAAAAAACAAACAUUUUUGUUGUUUUUUUUUAGUUUGUUCUAUUUAAAAUUAGGUUUUUUUUUCAAAUAGAAAUUCAUGUAGAUGCAAAUUUUUUGGAACUUCUGUAACUUGAUAAAAAAAUUUCAGGUUUCUGAAUAGUGAAUCCGAAGAUUACAGUUCUUUUUUUAGUGUCAAAAACAUCAUAGUCAAAUUUUACGAUGAAUCAGAUCCUUAUUUCCCAAAAAUUUAAUAAACUUUUUUCUCAAAAAUAUUCAUGUUAGAAUGUUUUUUCUUUCUUCUUAUUAAAAAAUUGAAAAACGAUUCAUAAAAAGUAUUGAUUCCAAGUUGUUUACCUGUUUUUUCUCAUUCCAACUAACCAAAAAAAUUAGAAAACAUGAUAUUACAUUCUUUCGAUUCAAUGAUUCGGAAAACAAUAAGAACCGCCAAAAAUAAUCUUUUUUCCCGAAAACCUUUACUUUAUUAUUAUAUUUGUCUAUAUGUACCUUAUAAUCACCCCUCCCUUUUUCGCUGUCCUUUUUUUGGUUGGUCCCUGACCGUUGGUGACCCCGAACGCCGAUUACCUGCAUGUUCCCUUUUUUUGACCCGUUUAUUCACAAACAAUAAUAAUAUAUCGUAUAGCGUCUCUUUUUUAUAUUUGGAGGAAAAAGUUGCUUUUUUUGAAACAUUAUUUUUCAUCCUAAAAGUAAAUGUAUCAAAUUUCAUUGUUAUUUUUUUCCUUUCUUCUAAAAAUUUUUUUCUUUAUAAUUUUCAUUUUUUCAGGAAGAAUCGGAUGAAGUAAGAUCUGUCACAAAUAGUAGUCUUGCUUCGCCACGUACAGUUGUUGACCGAAGAUUAUCAAAUAUUUCAUUGCUCAGUCCAACGCCUGACGAAGAAUUUGAGCGAUUUGAGGAAGUUGAAUCGGGUAACGAGACUAGUCAAGAAGAAGAGAAUCUUGUUCGACAAAUUGAAAUCACACAGUCUACUUCGGAAGACGAUCGACUUGAUUUGUUGAAAGAACUUGCUAAAAUUGGAAAGACUAGCGGGGUGAGUCCAAAAUAGAUUGAAAUAAUUCACGUACAAUCAAUAGUAAUAAUUUAUAAACUUUGAGAAUCGCUGAAAAGAAAUUAUCUGUUUCAGCAAUAAGAUUUUCAAAAAUAAAAAAGAAGGUUCCACCGAGAUUUGAACUCGGGUCGCAGGAUUCAAAGUCCUGAGUGCUAACCGCUACACCAUGGAACCGUACGCGAUACCUUUCCGCAAAUGCGCUUUCAUAUUGACAGCAAACAAGAUUUUUUCGGCAACAAGCUAUCAAUCAAAUAAACUAUGUCUGUUUGCUGUCAAUAUUAUGAGAACGCAUUAGCGGAACGGGUUGCCGCAAGGUUCCAUGGUGUAGCGGUUAGCACUCAGGACUUUGAAUCCUGCGACCCGAGUUCAAAUCUCGGUGGAACCUGUGUUUUUGGAAAAUUUUCUGGGUUUCAAAAUGUUUUUUUGUGCUUUGAAAUUCAACCGGGAAUUCUUUAUUUGAGGCACUGUUUUAAAAAUAACAUUUGUGUCGACUUCUCAAUUGACGACUUCUCUGAACACAACUGUUUAAUUUUCUUCUUUACUUUAUGAACCAAACUAACAAAGAUGUACAACCAAUUUUUCUAAAUAAAACCUUAUUUAAACAAAUGUAUGAGAAGUUUAUUUUUUGGAAUUCAUAACAAGCAACAAUACAGUUUCUUAUUACUAAUUAGGCUGGUUAUUUCCAACUAUAUUUUAACGAGGGUGUAGAUUCCAAAUUACUAAAAACCAAAAAGAAGGUUCCACCGAGAUUUGAACUCGGGUCGCAGGAUUCAAAGUCCUGAGUGCUAACCGCUACACCAUGGAACCACACAUCAGCUCUAGUAAUUUUUGUCGUAAAAGGAUUAUUGACAGUUUGUUGAUGUUCAGCAUCAAAAUUUGAAGAGCAAAUAACAAACGGCAGAUAUCGAGAAACAUAAAAUUGAAAAAUUGACAUGUUUCAAAAUGUGGUUCCAUGGUGUAGCGGUUAGCACUCAGGACUUUGAAUCCUGCGACCCGAGUUCAAAUCUCGGUGGAACCUUCUUUUGAAAAUUUUUAUUAUAAAUUUUGUAGUGCACAUUAUUUUAUAUUUUAACUUGUCAAAUAUUAUUAUAAAAAACCAAAAAUAUGAAGAAAAAAAAACAAAAAAGAAAGGUUCCACCGAGAUUUGAACUCGGGUCGCAGGAUUCAAAGUCCUGAGUGCUAACCGCUACACCAUGGAACCAAACAGCAAGCGUCGCUCAAAUGUCACACAUAAAAACGGCGGCUGUUGUUGUCUUCAUUGUCUGAUUGUUUUAAUGUGCACUAGUAAAAUGAGUCGAAAAAAACAUAUUUAUUGUUUAGAUUUUUAUUAACCAUCUUAUUUUUAAUAUUUGCCAACUGGCACAAACAGAAAAAAUUCGGAGAAAAUGAGAGCGAGAGAGAGAGAAAGAGAAAGAGAGUGCUUGUAUGUAUGUGUUAUUGUAUUUCAUGAACAGUCAACAUAAAUUCUUUUCGUCAAGUGUCACACUCUAGGCAAAAAGCAGCUUGUCUUAUUAUCACCCAUCAUCUUAUUUAUUUUGAAAAUAUAUACAUAUUCUAUUUGAAAUUUUUACGAAAUUAUUCAAAAACUACUAUGAACGAAGAGGUCAAAUUAUUAGUGACCGAAUUAUUAGAUCAUGUUGAAAAUCAAACUCAACCAAUGAUUGCAACCAUUAUUCAGAUGUCAAAACCGGAAGAAGUUAUUAUACCGAAAAGUGAAGAAGAAAAGGAGGAAAGUACCCAAAUUGUGGUAGAUGAAAAAGAAGAAGGAAAAGCUGAGGAAAAAGGAGAAGAAGCCAAAAAAGAAGCCAAAAUUGUUAUUGAACAAGAAAAAACAGCAGAGAUUGAAGAAGAAGAAGUAGAAGACGUGGAAGAACCAGAUUAUGCACAAGUACCUGGAGAUUCAGAAGACGAAGAAGGUGUAGAAACUGGUGAAAAAGAUGCUGAAAAGGAAAAAGAGCUAGAGCAACCACCACAAAAAGCUGAAAUUGUCACAAUUCCUAUGACACAUAGUGAACCAGAAGAUGUUGAACCAAAGGUGUGUUUUUUUUCCUAGUUUUUAGAAUAAAUAAAUUUAAAAAAAACACACUAAAAAUUUUUAUCUGAUUUUACCGAAAAAAAAACUGUAAAACUUUCACUGGUUUUACAUUUGUUGUUCGACUGAAAAAAACACAUUGUCUACUUUUCCAAAUUUUGCGUAACAUAAAUCAGAAUAUUUACACAACCUGGUCUAAUUUUACAUUCUGCCUGGUUGCUAUUCAUCGUGACUCAUCUCUUUCUUCCUUCUUUUUUAUUUUUGUUUGAAAAUCAAUUUUCAAUCUUCACCUUUUACGAAUUUUGUUCUUUAUUUUAAAGCUAUGCAUCGAAAUUAUGAUUUUAUUGUGGUUAGUUGGAAAAAUGUUUGAUUUUUUGAACAAAAUUGAAAUUGAGAGAAAAACGGGAGAAGUGUAGAAAUAAAUAAAUUUUUAAGAUAACAAUCUGAUUGUGAAAAGUGGAAUUUUUUGAAUUUUUUCAUAGUUUAGAAAUAUAUUUAUAGAUUUUUCUGAUAAAUAUUAUUUUUUUUUGGAAGACAUCCCAAAAUAUGAAAAUUUCAUAAUAUAAAAAUCAAAUUUUAAUAAAAACCAUAACAAUUACAUUUCAGCUCGCCGACGCUGAUCGUGAUCAAGACGAAGAACUUGUUUUCAACGACGAGCGCCGUAAAACCGUAACCAUGUAAGUGGCUUUCAUUAAUUUAUCUUUCAACUUUCAUUCAAAAAGGUUUAGCAAUAAGGGAGGGUUCCUUUUUAUUCUCAUCCUCAUUCGCACUUUUUGUCAAAGCCGAGGUCGGCCAACAAAUUUGUUGCCGUCCAUCACUUUCCAACCGGUUUUUCUUUCAAAAUUCUUUUCGCCUUUUUUGCUGAUUUUUUCCUUCUGUUACGUAAACCUUGUUAACAAUAAGUUGACUAAACAAAUACAUUGAUACUUUUUCGAGUGGUGACAAUUGGUUUGACAAAUAUUAGGAUGAUCAAUGUCAACUAUGAGAGAAAAAUGAUCCGAAUUGGAAUGUUUGAUGGGAUUUUAUUGCACAGCGGGGGUUAAUAUCAUAAUAAUAAUUAUUAUUAUUGUUAUUAUUUUCUCUUUCUCUCUGUGGAAAUAAAAACGACGUGAUAGUAUCUUUUUAUUGAUUCUUGAACUUUUAUUUCUGAUCGUGAACCAAUCAAUAAAAACUAGUAUCAUUCAUCUAACAAACAACCCAAAAAUCGUCAUUUCUGGUUUUCAUUGGUUCAAAGCUGAAUAAACAACAAUCCAUAUGAUUAAUUCUAUUUUUAUCAUUGUUUCAAAUUUCAUGGGUUUAUUGUUAGCCACAAAAAUUUGAUAAUUUUUUUUAAUUUCCUUUGUUAGUGGUGAUGUCUCUCUUUUGAGAUUUGAGUAGAAAAAUGUUUGAAUUUUGAAUGUAAAGUUUAUUUGCAUAUGCCUAUUUCUUGGGUCAUUUGAAAAUCAUCGUCAUCGUCACUAAAAAAUUAUUUUUUUGAUGUCUUCCGUCAAAACCAAAACAAAAAAGUAAACAUUCACACGCAAAAAGCAUUGGCCGAUAGAAAAUGUGUGUGUGUGCAUACAAAUAUAUUUAUGUGAUAAGGCAAAUAUACGCAUACACACAUACGCAUAACAAAAACCAUAUUUCUAUUGAUGAUUAUUUCCUCAAAAAACUGAUAUGAGUUAUCAGCCGUGUUUGUAAGAAGCUUUCUUUUUUUUUCAACUCAUUUUUGAGACACAUUUUUCUAAUUCUCUUUUUUUUUCAGCGACGACAAUUCGUCUUUACGAUCUGCUUCGAUUACUUUCGAUGCAAAAGGUGAAGAACAAGAUUUGAACGAGUCAUUCGCUUCAAACCCAACUGACGAAACUGUUUUGAUGAAACAGUAAGUUUCUUUCCGGAGUCAUUUUUUUUCGUUUGGGAGAAGAAUGUAUAUACACGGGGGAGUGAAAAUGAUGAGUCAAAAUGUAUAACAGUUUAGCGAAACAUAUUCAUUAUUACGUUUUUUCAACAAACAUUUUUUUUUCAAACAUGAAAAACGAAAAUUGAAAAAGUCUUCGGGUCAUUGAUCUCUCACUUUCCUCUCUCUCCCACAUCUCAUAAAAAUUCUUACCCUCAGAACCAAGGACGAAAUAAUGUCGACAACAACUAGCCGACCACGUUCACCAUUAGAUUUGCCGCCACCACCCUCAUCGAUUGUUCACCCGUCUGGUCCACCUCCGCCGCCACCACCAUUGACAACAACAGAAAUUGUUGGAAAUACAAUUUCAAAAGUGACUACACAUUAUUCGUCGCCACAGUGGAAACCGGUGACUGAAGUUGAGGAAAUUCCACCGAUUUCGAGCUUAUCAGCUGCUCAACCGCCACCGAGUAUUUUGACAACAAAAACUGUUGCGAGUUCUAGCUCGAGUGGAGCACAAUCUUAUCCAUAUCCAUCUACUUAUCCAUAUCAAGGUUAGUAUUUUGUAAUUGAGAUUUUUUGAUUGGGAUCAUUUUGGGACCAUUUUUGGGACCAUCAAAUCUUUUACUGAAACAAAAUUAAGUUACAUUUUUAAUUUUGGAACUGUUUGUGAGUUUUUUCACCCUCACUCAAUAUAAAAUCGAUUUUUUCUCUGAUUUUGAUCAUAAAAUUGGCAACAUUCCUCAAUUCAUCACUCAAUCUGUUUUCCUAAACCUACGUGAUGUAAGAAGAAAAAUCUCAUUAUUCACAAACAUUUUUCGACACAUUUCUCAGAACAAUGGGGUAUCCACGACCUUUUUUUUCCAUCGCGCCGAAUCGAUUUUGACGCUCGAUAAGAGAGAUUCUCAAACGAUAUUUAUUUUAUCCAUCCAACAUCCAAAAAAUUUGUAUUCAUAAAUUUAUGUAUGAAACAUGUUUGACUAGUAAUCUAACACUUUUACUUACCCUAAUAGAAAAUCAUGAAUUAUUUUGUUUUUGAGAGCAGGUUGAGUUCCAUAAAAUCAAUAGCACAAUAUUUUCGUUCAUUUCUUAAAUAUUUACUCGUCUUUUUGAUUUGUUGGUUUUAGGGCGAGAAAAAGGCAUUCGAUUACCUAUUCAUCAAGAUUUUCAUACACACAAAUAUAUAGAUUUUGCUGACCAGUUGACGUUUCUAUUUUUAUUUCUUCUUUCUUUUGAUCUUUUUUUUCUGAUUUCAAAGGGGUUUUUUGGCAUUCAAUAGAACAGUCAUGAAUUUCAAACACUUGAACUUAUUUUUAGCGAAAAAAAUAUUGAUUGAACACUUCAAUUCUGAAUGUGAAUAAAUGAACGCCCACUUAUCCUAUUUAUGAGAUUUUUCUCGAAAAUUUGUUGAUUCAAAUUAGGUUUUUUCUCAUUUUGUAUUAUAUUUCAAAUCAGUAAAUUCAGUUUCAGAAAAGUUAAUAUGUUUCAGGAUCAGCCUCAUCGGUUGUCUCAAACAUGCAACAAUAUCAAAAUCAAUCAGAUCCACUUCCACCUCCACCGCCGCCUCCAAUUCCAGCCCCAUCAUCAAUUUCAACUUCUUAUCAACCACUAUCUGGUCCCAAGGUAUGUUUGAUAUGUUUUCAUGUUUUAUUGUCCUGAACUUGUGUGAAUAUAAAAAGAAGAAGAAGAAUAUAUGGUCAAAUAUGUACAUAUACAUACAUUCAUAUAUUUAUUUAUUUGUUGUUGUAUAUUUAUACAUAUAUUGAGCAAAUAGAUGUCGAAUUUUUGAAGCGAAUUGAAGCUUCGCACUUGAGCGAUUCCAAGAUGAUCGAAAAAUGAGAAAUAUAAGAAGACGAGAACUGUCUGAUGAUGCCUCUCGCAAUAUAUUUGCAUAUUUGGUUGCUUUUCGUUUUUAGACUUUCUAAUGCAAUAUUUUCUAGUUUUCAGAAAUUUUUAAUUUUUUUGGAGUAAAGAUUGGUGAGCGUGUAACUAGCUUGAAUUUAUGAUCCCUCUUUAUCGAAAUACCUUCUCCACAUUUGACAGGUUUUUGUCAAUAUUUCACAAGUUCUAGAUUUUUUUUAUAGUUUUUUCAAAUUUUUAAAUGAAACAAAGUAUCAUUUUCACUUCAUAUCUAGACAGAAUUCAGAAAACCAAAAUUAUUGUAGUUUCAGCUGCAAGUUUGUGCAAAAAUAUUGGAAAACGUGAUAGUCAUAGUAACAUUUUGACCUCAAAUUCAAAAGUCCUAAUGCAACUUAGCAAAACCCUCCUGUGGGGUCUCAUUUUCAGUUUUACAACAUCAUCCUUGAUUUCCUUGAACUUGAGAUUAUCCCUGAACAUCUAACUUUGUGAAAUUACCAAAUUCUUCAAAAUGUCAUAAAACUUGAAGAUGUUAUCAUUAACUUGUUCUCCUCCCCUCUUCUCUCAUAGUUUCCCAAACAUUCUUCGGUAUUUCAUUUUAUGUAUUCCAUUUAAUCGUGUCCGUCAGGAAUUGAUGCAGACAAAAAAAUCACAUCGAGUCUCACAAUGUUUGAUGAUGUUUCCAUCAUCUCUAUCACAAAAGCAAAUAGUAAAAUGUUUGUGUUUCAAUUUUUGGUUGCCUGCCUGCCUGCCUGACUGACUGACUGCCUGUAUGGCUGUCGCAUUCCUGACCGAUCACUUCUACGUUUUCUUAUUUUUCUUUUACCUCGCCCGGGCGCGCGCAAAGCUAGCAUCUUUUGAUUUUUAUUCGCCUCGUUGCGCACUUGAAACAAUAACAGCAAACAAGAAAAUCGAAACAUUUUUCUCCUUUUUGUUUCAUCUAUCAAAAAAGCUUAAUGAUGGAAUUUUUGCAUCCUGCUGUGAGGUUUUUAUUUCUAUUUUCAUCCACUGAUAUGCAAUUAUAUUUCAUUAAACAUCUAAUUUUAGAACCGACUAUUACACAUGUUUAUGGUUGUUUUUUCCUAUUUCUAAAUGAUUGAAAUAAAUAAAACUGGUUUUUCCUUUCUUGGCCUCCAACUUCCGAGAAUCGUAAAUCAAUCAUUUUUUCCCACAAUUCUUGAAAUUCAAGAUUUUGUUUCUAUCCCUCUAAUAAUUCUAAUCCUACAGUAUACUUUGAAGAUCAAAAAUAUCAAAUUUCGAUACAGUUUCAGAGUUUUCUCUCUUUUUUUGUGACCAUUAAAUAAACAAAAAAUGUUCUAUAAAGAAGGGAAAUUCAACACCACCAAUCAGUCAUUUCCUUUUGUCUCGCGAAAAAUUUCCAUAUUUCCUUUUUUUUUGAUAACAAAACGCUUUCGCGGAAAAUUGUGUGUAUGUACAUACAUCGGGAAGGCAGUUAGUCAUUCAGUCAGUCAGUUUAUUAUUUCUAUUUUCAUUAUAUACAUAUUCUAUAACCACUUUUGACGUUUUCUUUGUUUGUAAAAAGAGGGAAAAGAGGGAAGAAGAAAAAGAAGAAAAAAUGAGCCCACCUGGCGAGCAUUAUGAAUAUAACAACAAUAAUAAGAAUAUUGUUAUUAGCAGUAUUAUUUUAAGGUUCCGACAGGUGUACCCUUUUAAUGUUUAUUAAUUCUACGAACUAUUCUUAGUCGGUAAAUUUAUGAUGCAUUGAAGAUCUAGCAGUUUGUUAGAAUAUUUUCGAAAUUUUUCAUUUUUCCUUAUUUCACAUAUUUUUCAAAAUUCAAAACAAAUCCAGGAUUAUCCCAAUUCAAAAAUCAAUACUUUCCAAGUUCAUAAGUAGUUUAGUCAUGUAUACAACAAAACAAGACCGCAAAAAUAUUAGUAAAUAAUAGUAUGCAUGUAUCUUAUGCAUAAUUGCAUAUGGUUGUUAUUUGUACGUCGUCCGUAUCUCAAAUUCAUAUAAUAUUUUGUCCAAAAUUAUUGCAUUUAUUUAUUUGACUGUUGGAGGUUAGAGUGACCACCACCGUCGCGAUAAGCACCCCCGUCUGCUGGGUGUUCCUGUAUUUUUGCCUCCUCCGUUUUUGGUGACCGUGGUGUGACCGUGGCGAAACGAACGAAAAUGUAUGUGUGUACAAUUUCAUUCCGUCAAGGUCAAUUUUUUAGUAUUAGUAGUAGAUGGUUUUAUAGUACUUUUUAGAAGAGAAGGACGGUGGAUGGCUAUUUUUGGUAUAUAUUUGUGUUUUUCUCUUUUUUACUAGUACUACACAUAAUCGACGUAUUUUAUUAUUUGCACUCAACUUUUUCUAUGCUCUCUGAAUCAGUUCAAAUAAAAGAAUCGAGCAAAAAAAAUGAUGCACUUUUUAUCAAUGUAAUAUAUAUCUAUCUCUACGUUUUUAAUUUUCGAAAAGUGAAAAUAUUCAUUUUCGAAUCCUACGGGAAUAAAUAAUCUUCUUAUAUUUGCCCAAAUCCCAAUCCCAUAAUUAUCCUCACCGUUGAAUAACCUACAUUUAAUAGUCAAAACUACCACUAAUAAUAAUAAUCACUUUACACAAUUUUUGAAUAGAACUAAACUACGCCUCAUGAAUUUUCAUCAUCUUGACACAUUUUUUCCUCGUUUUUCUUCUUUUUCUUUACUCGCCUAAUCUUCACUCUUAAACGAGAUGGUUUUUAUUUUAUUUUAUUUAUUUAUUCUUUGCAUUUUUCGACCACCGAGAAAUAAAAUACCGGACACAAUGAAAGGACAUGUUUUCUUUCCAAUUUUUGUUAAGCUGAUUUGUCCGCAUGACGGAAAUUUUUUUGUCAAAAAAAAUUAGUUCUUCCUUCUUCUUCCUCAAUAUGACAACUCAAUAUGUAAAUAUUUUAUUUUUAAAUAAUUUUUUUUAUAAAUCUUGGACUAAAUUUUAAAUUAUUUUCAGUCGCUGAGCUCAUCGCGUGAAGACCUAUUGUCAGAACACGCAACGUCACGAUCAACGGUUCGCGAGAUUCCGGUGCAACGUGCACCAUCGACGGCACCAUCUCAUAGUAGUGUUUUCGAUUAUCGAAUCAUGCCAACUACCACAACCACUUAUCAUCAUGUGGAAACUCCAACGGUUAGUUUUUGUCUAGAAAAAUUCGUAAAAUAGUUUAAAGGGAGGAUCCUAACAAGAUUGAAAUAGUAAAGAGCCCCUGAAUAUCCCGAGAGUGAGAAAAAUUAGAGCUUCCUCAUUUUAUCCACCUGUCGAGCUUGGAACUGAAUACAAACUAUUCAGAUUUACCCGUUCUUUUAAAAAUAAAAGUUUGUUGAACUUUAAAAAUGUCCUAAAUCAAACUAUUUUUGAAAUUCUAUGUAGUUAUGUACACUAUAAUUAGAAAAUUCUUUCGGAAAACAUAUUUUCAUUAAAUUUUCACAGUUAUAUAAAACCUGUUAUUACAUACAAACUUUAUUAAUUUUUUACACUUUUGCAAUAUUAGUAUUGGUAAUUAGGAAUCGCAACUAAAAUGAACCCCUUUCCCUAAAUCAACCGAAAAAAACUAUAUGAAUUUUCCUCAAGUUGGUUUUGUUCUUUCUUGUCUCGACUACAACAAACUGAUAACUCUUUUUCUUAUUUACUUUAGUCACAUCAGCUUGAAACUAUGAGCUCUCAAGGGCAUUUUUCUCCCCUUUCCUUCCCUAACAAACAAGCAAGAAAAUAUCACAUGUUCUGGUGUCAAUUACUAGCUCAAAUAUUUCAGCUCAAACAAAGUGAGAAAAAAAAGGUGUUCGGUGAAGAAAAAUGAACAGAAUAUAAUAGAGACUGUUUGCUUGAGCUUUUUUCUUCGGUUGGUUUGAGAAAAAUACAUUGGUAAAUAAACGAGAAAACUUACUUACACAGUGAGUAACUCGAGUUCAUCCUCUAUCUCAUAUUGUUUUUCUUAUAGUUUUUUUUGUAGUGAUGUCUAAUGUUGUUCUUCUUCGUUUUUCCCCAAAAAACCAUAAAAAUACUAUAAAACAGUUCUAUUAGGCAACGCCCAUUUUCAUUCUCUCGGUUUUUUUUCUGUUAGGAUAGGAUAGGUUAGGUUAACUAUGUGCUUACAAGAAACCAGAAAUAGGCGGAGACUCCAAAUUUACAAUCAACUUACAUAGUUUCAUCUUUUUUCAGGACGAAUACUAUCGACGUGAAGUGAUGACGCGAACUAUUAUUACUAGAAGUACAGAAGCUCUCUCACAGGUUUGUCAUUUUUCUUUUUUUUUCAAUUUGUAGGAAUAUACAAUUUUCUAAUAAUUUUUUCAUCGAUUUUUAUUCAUUUUUAUGGCAAGCCUUCUUUUUUUUCACAUAUUAGUAAUAUUAUACAUUUUCUUUCUAGUAUUACGAAACGAAUCAUUUAGUGAAUUUUUAUUUUCAGACACCAAUUGGUCGUCCAACUUCUGAACUUGAUCGAUACGUUCCAUACACCACAACAACCACAAGUGGAGACGGUCGAACUAGAGAAGAGAAAACUGUUGAUUAUAAGGUAGCUAAUUUUUUUCUUAUAAAAACGAUUCAAAACAAAAUAAUUUCAUUUCGUUUCAGAUCACAUACCAUCGUGACAUUGAAGAAGAGGAGCGCCGUGUUCGAGAAGAUCAAGAUAGAAGACGUCAAGAAGAGCAAGAUCGUCGAGCUCGCGAAGAAGAAAGCCGUCGACUUUGGGAGCAAAGAGAACGAGAAGAACUUCAACGACUUCGUGAUCAGCAAACAAUGACUGAAAGAGAACUUGAAAGAAGUUUGGCUGAAAGAGAACGAGCUGAAAAAGAGCGAAUUGAAAGAGAUCGACUUCUUCGACAGCAACAAGAAAUGCAAAGACGAGCUGAAUGGGAACGUCUUGAGAAACAUCGAAUUGAUAAUGAAGAAGGUGAACUUGCAAGACGUCGUGCUUUGGAAAAAGAGAAAAUUGAGCGAGAAAAAGCUGAGGAAGAAAGACGAACUCUUGAAAGACUUCAAAAGGAGAAAGAACGGUUGGAAAGAGAACGACUUGAAGCUGAAAGACGUGAGAAAGAACGCAUUGAAAGAGAAAGAAUUGAAAGAGAAAGAAUUGAACGGGAACGAAUCGAGAUUGAAAGAAUCGAAAGAAUCAAGAGAGAACGUAUUGAAAGAGAAAGAAGAGAAAAAGAAAAAGAAAAGGAAGAAGAAGAUCGGUUACGUAAAGAACGUGAAGAAUUGGAGCGAAUUGAAAGAGAGAGACGUGAACUUGAGAUUCGUGAAAGACAUGAACUCGAAUUGCAAAGACGAGAAGCUGAAGAUCGUGAACGACAACGAUUGGAAGAUGAAGCUCGUGAAAUGCGCCGACGUGAAGAAGAACUUCGUGAAGCUGAAUUGUUGGCUGAAGUUCAACGACAAGCUGAAGAACGUGAACGAGCUCGUCGUCGUCAAGAAAGAGAAGAAGCUGAAAGACUUGAAAGAAUUCGUUUGGAACAGCAAAGAAUUGAUAUGGAACGAGCUGACGCAGAACGCAGAGAAAGAGAAAGGUAUGUUCAAAUAAUUAUUUACUUUUUCCUAACUAGGUAUUGUUUUUUUUCAGAAAGGAAGAGGAGCGUCGUGAGUUGGAACUUCUUGAAGCUGCUCGACGAAAGAAAGAUGCUCGCGAACGUGAAAGACUCGAAGAGCUUGAGCGUGAACGUCUUCGCGAAGAAGAAGAACGGCGUGAACGUGAACGACGUGAACAAGAACGUCGUCUUGCUGCUGAAAGAGAACGUCAAAGACGUCAAGAAGAAGAGGAGGAAAUUGCUCGACUCACUGAUUUGCAAAGAGCUGCUCAACUUCGUCAAGCUCAACGUGAUGCUGAACUUGAGAGACAACGCGAGCGAGAUGAUUUAGAUCGUAAAGCUCGUCAAAUCUCUGAAAUGGAACUUCGCGAGAAGGAACGACGAGAAAGAGAGCGUCUUCAAGAAGAAGCUCAACUUGCGGAACUACGUGAUAAAGAACGAAGAAAUCAAGAGAUUCGUGAUCGUGAAAGACGCGAAGCUGCUGAUCGUGAACAAAACAGAAGACUUGUGAGUUUUUUGUUUGGACAAGGGGAAAUGGAAAACUAUUUUGAAUUAUCAAUUUUUAUUUCUGAAGAAAAUCAGAACUCGAAAUUGAUAAAAGUUGACAUAAAUUUUUGAAUAUUUUCAGGAAGACCGCAGAUCUCGCGACAAAUUGGACAUCCUCGUCCGCGAACGUUCGGAAAAAGAAAAAUUCGAACUUGAGAAACGUCGUCUUCUCGCUGAAAAAGAAGCCAUGAACAGAAAGAAGCAUCAUUUAUUGAGCAGUGAAACAUUGGCAAAACUCACUCAACCAAUGUAUUAUACAACUCGUGAACCAGAAGUCACAACAAAAGUUGAAAGACAAGUGAUCGAAAGAAUCGACCGCAAUUUAUGGGUUGAAGAUGUGCCAUAUGGAUCAAAUCAAAAUGCCAUUAGUUAUUUAGAUAAUGAUGAAAAUAAUCGUGAUCGUAUGUAUAAUCCAAACGAUUUGAACAGAAAUGGAUCAAGCAGGUGAGUAGUUUGUUUUAUUAAUCAUAGUCAAGAACUACUAAUCGAGAAUAUUUUUAGAAGUCGUUAUCAUCGCGCAAAAUUGGACAAAGCCCGCCGUGAUUUCUAUUCAUCAUCGCAGGAUUCAGCAGGUGUGGCAUGAAUAUUUUAUUCACAAAAAAAUAUGUAAACGUCCGCUUACUUCUACUUCUCAUUUCGAAUAUCGUUUUGAUGAUGAUUUUCUAGAUGUUGUUUUUAUUAUUUUUGAUUAUCUUUUUGUGUCAUUUGCGCGCAAGUUCUAUCCUUUCCCCCGUGUUUCUGUUUGUUGAAUGUGUUAUUUCAUCCUCCUACCCUUCUUCUUCAAAAAAAACGCUACCCUUUUGCAUGUAUCCAUACAUUUAUAGCUCAUUUAACAGAGCUAGACUUUUGAGAAAAAUUGCUAUGUUUUUUCUCUUUGUUGUACAUUCAUUUCUCUAGAUAUCAAUUGCAUGCCUAUCUAACUUUCAUCAUAGGAAAAAAAAGAAUCUCGGAAAAAAGUCGUUUCGCAAUUGUUUCACACGUACUUGUUUUCAAAAAAAAAACAUUUUUUUUUCAAAAAAUCAGGUGUUGUCAUUCAUUAGCUGCUUCUCUAAUAAUAUAUCAUCAAUAAAAAAGCUUCAGGCACCCUUUUUCUAGAUUAUAGCCAGUUGUGUUUAUCCUACCUUUUGAAUAUAUUAUUUUCAAACUUUCCUGGCCAAACUCCUUUUUUUUCAUUCAUUUGAAUCAAAAUUGCCUGUGUGUGAGAGUGUGUUUUCUUUGGUUAUUUUACCCAAACAAAUUUCAUUUCAUUCUUGAUUUCAACACUGUAUUUCCACUCUCAUUCAUUCAUUUCAUUCAAUUCUCUUUCUUUCUUCUGUCUUUUAUGUGUUUUUAAUGAAUUUAUAAAUAUUUUUUUUGAUAAUAUAUACGUUGUGACAAAAACAAUUGUGAGACAGACUUUUACAGGGGUUGUUGAUUUUUCCUGUGUUUAUGUGAUGUUGUUUAUUGUAAAGAAAAUAGAAAAAGGAAACCUGCACGCUGAAUGUUAUAACUGUCGUUAAAAUAUGUAGAUUGCACUAGAAGAACUUUUGCCAGCGCUAAAAAUUAGAGAAAAAUUCGCGUAAUUCAAAAAAUCAUGAUCCUCUAAAUAAGCCUUGUCUCAGGUGGUAAACAUGUAUUUUGAUUUCGAGAAUAUGACUUCAGAAAAAAACAAGAUCAUGAUUUUUUAACUCAUAGUCCUCAACUGCUCAAAAAAUUCCCCCAACGAAAAAUGCAAUUUAACAAAAAUAUUCUAGAUCCAAAUGCUCGAAAAUCAACCGAUGAUCUUCGAAACCGUCCCGAUUAUCGUGGACCACUUCUCCAAAAAUUCCACGAAUCCGAAUUCCGCACCACCGCAUUAAAUGAAUCUGAUGGUCUUCCAUAUCGUCGAAUGGGACCAAGUCCAUAUGAACAGGUAUGUUUUCAUUUCUGAAAUUGCACAUUUAUGUUGUUCCUCUAUGGUGUUUUCUCAACCCUCAAAAAAUGUUGUCUCCCUCUUCUCCAUUCUCCCCUUUUUGUCACUGCUUUGUUGCUAUUAUCACAAAAUUCAUAGCCAUUCGCCAAACUUCUCGAAGAGACUGAACGACGAUAUGCUGCAUACAACAGUCGAGCAAGUAAUCCAUCACUUUAUCAAUCUGCCAGAACAUACAAUUCAUCACAUUAUUUGGAUCAACAUCGGGUAGGUUAUUUGUGUUGUUUUGGUUCAGCUUUUGUUCAUUGUCCAAAGUCAAUAAUUUUGGGAGGGGAGGGUUCUGAAAAUAGAGUAAAACAAUUAGGAUAUUUUCAGCCAUCUGAUUCAAAUCAAAGAGCUGAAUCUGUUGUUGCAUAUGAACGUGAAAGUCGCAGAGAUUCACCAGCAGAUAAUGUUCAUACAAGAAGUCGUAGUGCUGAUUAUCUCAUGGAUAGAAAGUGAGUUUUUCUUUGAAAAAUAUAGAAUUAAUUUUUUUUUGAUUUGUAUAUGUCACAUAUCAAAUAAAUUUGUGAUACACAUUUUGGAAUCUGAUGUUUUCAAACCUCAAAGUUACCUAUAUAACUUGCAGAAUCCGCGAAGAAACCGAAGUGCCAGAAAAUCAAUUGCAAAAAACUCGCGGUGAAAAUACCUCUUCACCAAGAGAAUCGCGAAUCUCGGAAUACGAAAUGCGUUUCCGUAAAUCAACCGAAAAAUUGACUGUUCCUGAUUGGUAUCGCGAGAAUCGACCAGGACAUCAACAACCACCAACAACAACAGUCACAACUUCACAUCAAUAUAAAUAUUCAGCUGAACCCCAACAUCAUACAGUUACUACACAACGACCACCAUCAGCUCAACAAACAACUUUAGUUGAUAUUCCACGUGGAAUGUUUGACAAAUAUCGUGAUGAAAUUGAAGAACUUCGUCGUUCUCGAUCAUCACUUCAUCAUACUGGACAAGAUGUUAAUCGACAGGUUGUUGCUUUAUAAAAUAUAUUUUAUAUGAACCAUAUUUACCCUGAUUUUUUGUUUUGUUUUUAUUUUGUCACGCAUUUUCCUACCCUAAAAUUGUUUUUUGUCAUACCGCAUUUUAUGUUAUUCCUUUCCUUCUACCUACCCCUUUCUUAUAUGCAUGAUAAUAAUGAUAAUAAUCACUUUAAUCGGUUAAAAAUUGUGAUUUAUAGAAAUAUUAAUAAAAUAAAUACAUAUAUUUCAAAACGGCUUAAUUUUUCCCAUGUUGCUUUCAUUCACCUUGGGCAUGAUUUUUUUCCCUCUUCUCUUUCCCAAAUGUCAUUCCCGCAAGCAAUUUUUCCGAAAUCUUUUGAAGAGUUGUUUUCUAACCUGCUUGGUUUGUUAUAGGGUGGCUCUUCGAAUGGUGUUAGUGCUGCUCCUCUUCCGGGUUAUACAGUUUCCGAAGUUCCAAAUGCUUGGAAUAUUCAAACUAGCAGAACAUCAAGAGUUGUUGAAGUGGCUGACACUUUUGUUGGAACAUCUUCCCAUGAUUAUGGUGUGUUUUUCACUUUUUGAAUAUUUCUUCAAAUAUGCAUUCUAGGUAAUUUCACAAAUAAAUAUGGUGGACGUGUAACAGUGGAAGAAGUUCUUGAUUCAAUUUUCCAAAAAGUUCAACCAACUGCACACCAACAUUUUGGCAGUCAUGGAAGUCAAAGCCAUAUCGAUCAGGUGUUCCAAGGUAAUCUUGAAGGUCCUGGAAUCUACACAAAUAACAACAAUGUGAUGAAACAAGUUUUGAAACAACCAGAAAGAGCUGAAACUUUGUUACAGUACGUUUGAAAAACACAAAAUUGAGAAUUACAUAAUUGAGUUGUUUUGUUUUUAGAAAUGAGGAUUUAUACGUUCGCUGUACCCAAUGUCAUAGAACCCGUGAAGUGUCGAGUGCUAGAUUGCAUUUCGUUUCUUGCAAACAUUGUUAUACUUAUUAUUGUACAAGGGAAUGCAGGUUGGUUUUUUGGAAAGGGAAACACUGAAAUAUGAAGAGAUUAGAAGCAACAUUCGUUCUUAUUUUCUGAUUUGUUAGAAUCUUUCUUUGAAAAUGAAAUACUUCUUCUGAAAUGCAAUAAAACACAAAAAAAAACAUUUGAGCUCUAUGCUGCUUGGUCAUUUAGAAAAUCUGCAAGUAUUUUAAUCCCAAUCCCCUUUUUUCCAAAUGUUCUUCAUAGAAUUCGAUAAUUCUCCCAAAUCCUCUUUGUUUUUUAAGACACAACAACUGGCCAAUUCACGCUCAACGUUGCUCUUUUGCUCGAAUCAACACAUUAUGCAAAGAUGUUAUAAUGAAAGUAUGUCGUUUUUCUCUCUCAUUCCCCAAAAACAACCAAAACAUCAAAAAACAAUCACGUCAAAUUUAAUUUAGGUGCGCGAAGAUGAAGAAGCACAGGCGUUCAUGUCGAAAGUGGCCCGUGAAGGAUAUUCGACCAGUGGUAGAGGAAGUGUGAAUAUUCGAUUGUCAUCACCACAAAUUGCACAGGUUUGAAAAUACUUUUUUUUCACUUCUUGAUACACCAUGUUUUUCUAGGCUUAUGUGAGCAAUGGUUGGAGAGCACUUGCUGGAAUUCCACUUAGCCAACUGUUAUAUUAUUAUACCGUUGCUGCUUUGGUUCAAGAGAAAAAAGAACCCUCACUUAUUGCACUUUGCAACCGAUAUGAGCCAAGGUCAGCCGUUUUUUAAUUAACCAAAAAAUUCAAUUUAACUUUGCUUUUUUUUGAACCGCAAAAACCCCUGCAAAGAAAAUUAAAAGAAAACAAAUAUUUCAUCGAAAAAUAACGAGUUUUUUGUAACGAUUUUUUCCCGAGAGAUGAAAUAUUGUUGUCUCAUACCAAUUAUAAAAAUCAUAUGGUAUAUGUAUGCAAAAUUGUGCCAAUUGAAAACAAACAAAAGAAAAACGAAUUUUUUUCAGAGAGAAGUUCAUCUUGUCGGUCUCAAUAAUUGCCGACAUUGAACAUUGUCCAGAAACACCACCACCAGAAACCCGCGAAUUGUCAGCUGUUCAGUUUUCAUCACCACGAUCAAGAUACGAAGCCAUUCAAAACACUCCAUAUUUUUCAGAAGUUGCACACAAUGUUUAG